AUGGUGUUAACGCUGAUAGUUAUCUUGUGUUCGAUUGAUUACAAUGAUGGGAUGUUGAAGGAGGAAGGUCUACGUGAAGCACAAAAGAAGAACAAGUUGAUUGAGAUGUCGUCUUUGAUUGAGUACUUUGGUUACUGUCUAUGUUGCGGUAGCCAAUUUGCUGGUUUUUUUAUGAAAUGA